ACGUGGUUUAAAGCCUUUGCUUAGGACCGGGGAGCUCUUUGCUGUUUUGAAAGAGAAAUCAAGUCCCAAGAUGUUGAGAGCCCAAGAACCCGGCGUGGGGUUAAGCGACAUGGUGGGGAACCGGAAGCUGGUGGCCAUUGGGGCCCUCUUAGGCUGGCUCCUGGUCCUGCACUUGCUGGUCAACGUUUGGCUGCUCUGCAUCCUCUCCGGCUUGCUGGCGGUGCUGGGCGGAUGGUUCGGUUCCCAGGCGGUGAUCGGAACCCGCAACCGGGUCCACCUGGAGAGGUUCCUUCUCCUGGAGCCCUACCCCGGAAACCUGGAUGCGGAGAAGCAGCUGGACGAGGAGAUCGAGACCAUGAUCCAGAAGAUCAUUCGGGAUUUCGUGUCGUCUUGGUACAGGGCCGUCAGCCGUGAGCAAAACUUCGAGUGGGAGGUUCGGAAAGCCAUGAUGGGCCUCGCCCAGGAGCUGAAGAGGAGGCUGGCCUUGGUGGACAAGCAGGCCCUGACCCAGCGGGUGCUCCUCCUCGGCGGCUGCCACCUGCAGGCCUACAAGAAAGCCCGGGAAAAACUGGCAGGGGCGGGAAACUUCGACGACCCGGCUGAAAGAGCCAGUCGCCUUUGGCGAGAGUACUGUGAAUUGUCCGCCCCGCACACUGCUGUCCGGAGCCCCACAAACGAGGUGGACUAUGCCCGGCGCAUUGUGGACUUGCUGUUGCGUGUCUUGGUGCCCGAAACGCACCUUGAAACCAGGACUGGACGCUUUGUGGUGGUGGAGCUCGUGACUUGCAACGUCCUCUUGCCCAUGAUCAACAAGAUGGCGGACCCCGACUGGCUCAACCUCCUUUCAUUGCCACUCCCAUUUCCGUUGGACACCAUCCCAGAGGUACGGAUGCUAUCUCCCAGAGGUUCGGAAUCUUCAGUCUACGACACGAUGGAUGCUUUGGAGUACCAUCAACUGGAAAGGAAAGAACCCAUCAGCAGGGAGCUGAGUGCCGAAGUUGAUGGGAGGAGAGCCAGCAGCACAUCUGCAUCCAGCCUCCAGCCAGAUCCUUUGGGGUCCUUCUUCCCCUGUGAGUACCUGGACAUAGAAUCCCCCAUGUCGGACGUAGGAAGGGACUCCGGCUCCGUGGUCCUGAUGUCCACAGAGGAAUUCCUCACAGACUCCCUCGGCGCUCUGGAAGGGCCCGACCGCUUGGAUCAGGAAGGCGGGGCGGGAAUCAGAAGCAGGUUCUUAGACAACGGUCAUGGCUGUAGGUCGCGGAGCCCCUCUCUCAGCCCGUGCCCUGACAUCCUGAUCGAACCAGCCGCGGACAAGGAGGAGACCUUCGCUUCCCUGGCGGCUCUUCUGGAGGACUCGCAGAAGUCCUUCUUGAGGCGGCCGUCCUACUUGGAGAGAGACUUGGUGUCUUCUGAAGGCCUAGCCCACAGCCCUCAGGAUCUGCCGAGCUUGCUGUCCUCUUCUCCCACUGCACCCAUGGGCACCUUCAGCUUUGAGCCGCUAAGUAGCCCGGAUGGCCCGGUUGUCAUCCAGAACCUGCGGAUAACCGGCACCAUCACCGCCCGAGAGCACAGCGGGACGGGGUUCCACCCGUACACCUUGUAUACGGUCAAGUACGAGACAACAUUGGAUAGUGAGAACACCAGCAGUGUCCAGCAGGUGGCGUACCACACAGUGAACCGGAGAUACCGAGAAUUCUUGAACCUGCAGACCCGACUGGAGGAGAAGGCAGAUCUCCGGAAGUUCAUUAAAAAUGUCAAAGGUCCAAAGAAGCUCUUUCCUGAUCUUCCUUUUGGGAACAUGGACACAGAGAAAGUGGAAGCCAGAAAAAGCCUCUUGGAAUCGUUCCUGAAGCAACUGUGUGCGAUUCCUGAGAUCACCAACAGUGAAGAGAUGCAGGAGUUCCUUGCCCUGAACACGGAUGCCAGGAUUGCCUUUGUGAAGAAGCCCUUCGUGGUCUCCAGGAUCGAUAAGAUUGUGAUGAACGCCAUUGUGGACACCUUGAAGACGGCAUUCCCCAGAUCCGAGCCUCAGAGCCCCACGGAAGAGCUAAGCGAGGCGGAAGUGGAUGGGAAGUCCCAGAAGGCCAACAAGUCUAGGCUGAGGUUUGCAUCCAGUAAAAUUGCCCCAGUGUUGAAUGUGACUGGCACGCAAGAGAAGAUCAUGUACUCCCUGAAGGAAGGCACCUCUGCAGUGGAGGGUUUGUCCCUAGCCAGGAUGGAGUCCUUCAUCCAGAAACAGGAGAAGCUUCUGAAAGCCAUGCUCCAUGAAGGCCUGGAGAGUGAGGGGAACGGAGAAGCUCUCGAUGAUUUGGCAGAUCACAACACGAAUCCCAUGGAGGUGGUGCGGCAGCCGGCUGAAGGCAGUGACGAUCAAGAAUCGGAGACGCCGCUGGCCGACAUCGCCGUGGACCUCCUCCGCUUGGUCAUGGUCGAUCACUGGAGCUGGCUGUGCACCGAGAACAUGCAGAAGGUCCUGCACUUGCUCUUUGGGACCCUGAUCCAGAGGUGGUUAGAAGUCCAAGUCGAUAAUCUGACUUGCACUCAGCGCUGGGUCCAGUACCUCCGGUUGCUUCAGGAGUCGAUAUGGCCCGGCGGAGUCCUGCCAGAGGUGCCCAAGCCGCUCAGGACGGAAGAGCAGAAGGCAGAGGCGGAAAAGCAGGCCUUGCAGGUUCUCAUGGGUAUCUUGCCCGAAAUAAUCCUAGAAAUCCUUGGAAUUGGUAAAUGUCAAGAAAGCUGGAGCCUGGUGCUGGAAUCCAUGCAGCACCCCAUCAUAAACAGACACAUGGUCUACUGUCUCUCGGACAUCCUGUUGGAGUUUUUGAUCCCUGAGCUCCAAGUAGAUAAACCCCAACCAGCACCAGUAGGUGCUUCAGUCUGUGGCGCAACUGAGAGAGCUAGCUUUUCAUCACACUAACUUGGAGUGGUGCGGCCAACAGCCAAGGAGAAGAGAAUUCCAAAAGCAUCGAUUCCUCGAUGUUGUGUGUCCACUGCAUUGAGCCAAGGGCUGUUGGAGAAGGCCUGUGAGACGGAACAUCUUCCAGCAAUUGCUGGAUCUACUUGUGGUCCAAUGGUCUUGUCUUGUACUGUGAAAAAGUCUCCAUUCCAUAACUCCGGUGCAGUUCUCUGUUAGAAAAUGCGUUCUCUUUGAAGAGAUGAACAACCUGCUUAAUAGGACAAGAUUCCCGUUGACAUUCCUGUGUAGGUGUAAUGUAACAUCCUGCAUAUUGUUUCCAACUGUGGUUUUCUUUGGGAGUUGAACUCUUGGUGCACACAUAGAUGGGCAUUCCUCGUCAUGAUCUCUGUUGACAUAUAUUUAUAAUUAAGAGAAAAAGGCGACUUUCCCUGUUUUAGUAAAUAAACUUGUCC